UAUCGGGAGGAGAAAUUGCCUCAGCAGAGGGGAGGUGGGCAGGGGAGCAGGCAGGCUCGUUAAUGAGAGGCUGCUUCGAAGCCAGACUCAUGGCUGCUCCACACUCAGUUCCAGGAUGGAGCGAAAAAGGCAGAUGCUGAGGAGUAAGGCCGGGCAGGUGGCUCCAGAGUCGGCAGCAAACAUCAGCCUGCCCAGGAGGAGAGCGGCCCCUCUGUCCCCGCAGGCGGGGAAAAGGCUCGUGGCCAGGGGAAAGAGAGGAGCUGCAUCGCCUGCUGGAGGAGGAGGAAGACAGCAGCUCCCCUAGCUGACCCUGAGGCACCUUCUGGGCCGAAAUGGAGGUGGCCCCGGGUACAGCUGUGGAGGAGAGAGCCAGGGGAGGGCAGGAGCCGGGGAAGGCAGCUCUGGGGCUUCCUUCGCAGGAAGCCAAGGUGCCAGGAGCUGCGCCCCAGGGCCCAGCAGGAGCCGUCCAUCACCAUGGCAACUGAGGGGCCCUGUGCCAGCCCGACCCUGGCCCCCGAGGAGCCUCCCGCCAGCACCACCCUGGCCACGGAAGAGCCUCCCGCCAGAACCACCCUGGCCAUGGAAGAGCCUCCCGCCAGAACCACCCUGGCCCUGGAGGAGCCUCCCGCCAUUACCACACUGGACAUGGAGGAGCCUCCUGGCAGCCCCACCCUGGCCACGGAAGAGCCUCCCACCAUUACCACCCUGGCCACGGAAGAGCCUCCCACCAUUACCACCCUGGCCACGGAAGAGCCUCCCACCAUUACCACCCUGGCCACGGAGGAGCCUCCCGCCAGAACCACCCUGGCCAUGGAGGAGCCUCCCGCCAGCCCAGAAGAGGAGUUGAGCGACGGCGUGACAAACCCCAGCAGCUCCGCAUACUCCUGCGGGGCCAGCAGCUCCUCCGUGGGGUCUGGCAGCCCAGAGUUUCUAGGCUCCCUCUUUGGAGGUGAGGGGAGACCUAGGGGAAAGGGAGGAGGACUGGGGCGGUGGGGGACUAGUAACACCCUGUGCCCAUCGGCUCGCCAAGGAGCCGGGACUGACCCACGUGAGCCCCACUGACACCAGUGGGGGUGGCACAGCCACGCCCCAUGGCAGGGGAUGCUGGGCGGAGUC